GGAGCACGCGAAUCGCGCUCAUUCGUUCGCGCGUGCUCGUGCGAAAAGCUUUUCGAAGAUGCUGCGUGCGCGAAGAUGUAUUUCCAAACGCUGGCUCGGCGUUUUCACGGUGCUGCUCGUGUCUCUCGCGAGCGACUCGCGUGCGUACACGGCGAAAGUGACGACGAGAUUUGGACGUGUCCACGGAUUCCUGAGGAACUCCGAUUACGGUAGGCAAAGACUCGUCGCGCACUACUUCGGCAUCCCUUACGCUGAACCGCCCGUCGGCGAUCUUAGGUUCAGGAAUCCAAAGCCGUGGUGCAAAUACUUUACCAGAGCAUUUGCCGCGAUGAAAGUUAUGCCCGUGUGCGUUCAGUUGGACGAUAACAUGAACGUCGUUGGACAAGAGGACUGUCUCUAUCUGAACAUCAACGUACCUGUGAUUUCAGAGAAACACGGGGAGAGCUGCGCGCUGCUUCCGGUUCUCGUGUACGUGCACAGCGGAUGGACUCGCACUGAUUAUCGUCAUCUCCCGACAGAUUACAUGAUGGAUCAGGACGUGAUCCUGGUCGUUGUCCAGUAUCGCUUGAAUAUUUUUGGAUUCUUCGGCACAGGCACGGAAGCCAGUCCAGGCAACUACGGUCUCAAAGACAUCGUCAUGGCUCUGCGAUGGAUUCAAGGAAAUAUCGGCUCGUUCGGUGGCGAUCCGAACUCCGUAACUCUAUGGGGCCACGGCGAGGCUGCCAGCCUGGUGCAUAUGCUGGCUCUCACGAAGAAAACCGAAGGCUUGUUCAACAGGUACAUCAUCCAGAGUGCAACUGCUCUCUGCCCUAUGGCCGUCAACUCGAGAACUCGAACGAGGAAGAUUGCCUUGGCGACGGCCAGGUCGUUCGACUGUCUUCCUCGAAACGACGAAAAAAAUGUCACGACCACGCGAACAAACGUGACGAACGAGGAGGAAGAGGAGGGGGAACAAGAAGAGUUAGACGAGGAACACGAGAAGGCGAUGAUGCACUGCUUGAGAGAAGUGAAAGACAUCGAGAGAUUCAGAAAAGUGAUGAACUACCCUAAACAGAAGGACUGGCGGAGCAAUCGUUGCUGCGUCUUCGCGCCGACCAUCGAGAAAGAGUCAGACGACGCUAUAGUGACCGUUCAUCCCCUAACAAUAAUGGAGCAUCGUCUGUUUAGGGACAUUCCAUUUAUCAUGGGAGUCGUGCACGACGAAGGACUGUACAAAUCGAUAGCGAUCCUGACGAACGUAACCGCCAAACUGCUAAAUAAUUUCGAGACGAAUUUGCACCACGUCCUGCAAUAUUCUCAGCUGAUUUCCAACGUCACCGGGUUCACGCGAGCCAUCGGGGACUUCUACUUCGGCGGCAACGUUUUCACAGGGUCGCUGGACAGAAAUAUUACCGAGAUGAUCGGCGACGCUCUUGUUUUCUGGCCAGCGUAUCAAACGCUCAAGUAUCAAUCGGACAGGAUGAACUCAUCUACUUACUUUUACUUGUUCUCGUACGAGGGCACCUUUACCAGUACUUUUGAUUCAGGAAUUCCAAAACAUUUCGGAGUCUCGCACGGGGACGAUUUGAACUACCUGCUACCGAUACUGAAUAAAAAGUAUCACGAUUACAUGCUGCACAAUACGGAGAACGACGUGACCAUGAUCAAUAUAAUGACCGAGAUGUGGGCCGGCUUUGCAACCAAAGGAGUGCCAGAAGCUUGGAAAGUGACGCCGUGGCCGGAUUACAAGAAGUCUCACAGGUUCUUGCGACUCGGGGCGGGCAAACUUUCGGACAUAGCAGAGGAGAGCGAACUUUUCCCAAAGAGGAUGGCGUUCUGGGAGGAAUUGACGGCAAAUCUGACUCUGAAUCCGAUCGACUUCGACUUUCCCCAAUAUAUCGAGGACGACGAGUCGAACAGUAGCGUUCCCAAACAACGUAGCGAAAUGUUCAUUUGCUUAACAAUGCUCCUCGCAAUCUGCUUCUUGUAAAUUUAGUAGCAGCGACGCCAGAGUAAGGAAAGAGUGAAAUUUCGCGGGCAACAGAUCCCAGAAGGAUGAAAUUUCAAAUCGUUUUAUUUUAUUAUUACCCAAUAACGGCGAUAAGAGUAAAAUGAAUAAAAUUGAUAUAAGGCGAUGUACCUCCAAGUUUAGGAACUGAUUGUAAAACUGAGCGAGCAAAUUAAAAAUUACUAUUUCGGUUUUUGAUACGGAGACGAAGUGAUUGUGGGAUUAGCUAUUUUGAAAUUAUCUGGCUCUCUCUAGACACAAGGUUUUUGAAAAUCAAUACAUACAUAUAUAUAUGGAAAUAAAUAUAAUUAAAAGAAUAGUAAUUAAUUGAAAAA